GCCGGACUCCGCCGCCGCCACCUCCUCCUCCUCCUCCUCGGCCACCUGCAAGGCCGACUCCAUCCCGGUCCGCGGGCCGGCCGGCCAGCCAGCCAGCCCCCGCGCGCCCCCUCCUUCCCUGGGAGGCCGGCCUUGUUGCAGCGCCGAGCCCGCCGCCCAGCCUCCUCGGCUCCUCCCUCCGGCUGCAGCGGGAGGCUGCCCGGGCUGGCCCCGGAGACGACGGGGCUGCACGCCGCUCCAGGGCGGGGGCGGAAGGUGUGCUGGCCAGCAGCACGUGUGAACCUGCGGCGCCCCCGGGAGAGACGGUUCAACCAGGCAGCCAGGAUGUGAUGCCACGUGCAAUUGGAGUGGAGAGCUUGGGACUGGGGUUUGGGGGUGCCAACCUCCAGGUGGGGCCUGGGGAUCCCCCGGAAUUACAGCUUCUCUCCAGACAGCCAAGAUGAAGAAGAGGAGGAGGAGGAAGAGGAGGAUUUCCAGUGUGUUUUGCUGGAGUCAGAAUUGCACGUGGUCCAAAGGAAUUCUUUAUUAUGUUAGAAAUACUAAUCUGAGGGUUGCUUCUUAGACGAAGGAGACGCCAAAGAGGCUGAAAAACCUUUGGGCUCCUGCUGGCAGAAAGAAACCAAGACAGCUUUCUCCGCCCUUCGCGUCAUCUUGUAAUUUGCCGACGUCCCCUUAUUCGGAUCGCUUGUUUCCCGCCGGGGCGAUUUCCUCGACGGACCCGUUCUCUUGGGCGCUGGGGUCCCGUCCCUUUUAGGGGCCGGGUGGAAACAUGGAGCCUGAAAGGAUGGGGCCGGGCCGGGGUCGCUUCCUGGCUUGCGCCUGCUUCCUCACCGACAACCUGUUCGUGGCUCGCUACGGCCUCCACCUGCGAUACUGGGGGGAUCCCGAGCAGCUGCGCAGGGAGUAUGGACCGGCCUUAAGAGAGCAUGGCUGCAAAACUGAGGAAGCGUUUGAAGCUGUAAUACAAGAGGUUGAAAAAGAAGUGCAGAGAAGAAAGGAAUUAGAUCGCCACUCCAGAGAACGGAGAGCAAUCAUUUCCCAGAACUACAGACCAAAACACCCAGAACUCUAUAAUUUACAGGAUUCCUUUUUGGCUCCGCAAUUUGUAGAAACUGUGAAGUACUGCACGUCCAGUGGUGCGGAUCUCCAAGGUCUGCUGAGCCAUGUGGAAUCUAUCUCAGAUAAAAGAAUCUACCGCCUCCCUGUAUUCACUGAGGAAUUCUGCCAAGCGUUCAUAGAGGAGCUGGAGAACUUUGAACAGUCCGAGAUGCCGAAGGGGAGGCCCAACAGCAUGAAUAACUAUGGGGUUCUCUUAAACGAGCUGGGGAUGGACGAGGCUUUCAUCACGCCACUCCGAGAAAAGUACCUGCAGCCCAUUUCGGCACUCCUGUACCCGGACUGUGGGGGAGGCUGCUUGGACAGCCACAAAGCUUUUGUCGUGAAGUACGCCUUGCGUGAAGACCUGGACCUCAGCUCCCACUACGACAAUGCAGAAGUGACCCUGAACGUCUCCCUGGGAAAAGAAUUCACUGAGGGCAACCUCUAUUUUGCUGAGUUCAGACAGGAUCACAAGCCUGUGCCGCGCUACACAGAAGUUGAGCACGUGCCCCGCCAUGGAUUGUUUCACCGGGGAGGACAGUUGCACGGAGCUCUCCCCAUUGGCUCUGGGGAACGCUGGAACUUGAUCAUCUGGAUGCGAUCGUCUGCCAUCCGAAAUCAGCUCUGCCCAAUGUGCAACAGGCAACCUGAUCUGGUGCCAGCAGAUGGGUUUGGAGACGGGUUCACAGGGAACCCUAGAGACGGCCAGCCUGAAACUGUGGACUUCUGCUCCUUAACUUAGGGAGAGGCGACAUGAGGGUGACUCUUGGGGUUCGAUCUCAAUAAAGUAUUGAGCCAGCCACAAACAGCAA